UAGUCAAGGUGGUUGUCGCUGGAGCUCUUUAAUAAAUCAGAACCAAACAUUGGCUUCGCAUACUGCAUCUGCAUUACACAAUCUUAAGGAUAUAUGUGCAGGGAAUGAGGCGUUUCUCAAAUCUAAAUUGAAAGUGACAGAAAAGAGUUUCUUGCUUCAUCUCUCUCUCUCUCCCUCUCGAUCGAUCAUGUGUGCUGAAGCUAUCAUUUUUGACUUCACUGCCAUCAAUCGAGGCCGGAAACUCACCAUUGGUGACUUCUGGUCCGAGCUCAACCCUUUCUCUAAUCUCCUCGUCUUCGAUACUAACGUUGAAUCUGUCAAAAGACAAACGCCAUGGAAACUCCGUCAAGUCCCAAUCAGUAAAGGGGCAGGUGAGAAGAAGGAGAAGAAAAGCAGGCGUGAAGAGCGCUGGACGAAGAGCACGCAAGAACGUGUACAGAGGAAUAAGGCGGAGGCCGCGGGGCAAGUGGGCCGCAAAGAUAAAGAACCCUCCUGUUGAAUGGUUUACACAGGAAACCAAGCCAGUCUAUGUUUUCCAUGUAAACGGCCACUUUAUUUAGGAUUGUGCCCAACAAAUGUACGAUCCUAAUUGUAAUUGUUAUCUUUGGAACAAUUCUAAUGGUGACGAAGAAUGGUA